AUGUUAAAAUUUUUAUUUGGUGUGUCGAUCGAUGUCUUUCUCUCUCUCUCUCUCUCUCUCUCUCUCUCUCUCUCUCUCUCCUCUCUCUCUCUCUCUCUCGCUCUCUCAAGCUCUCUCAAGCUCUCAAGCUCUCUCAAGCUCUCUCUCUCUCUCUCUUUCUCUCUCUCUCUCUCUCUCUCUCUCAAGCUCUCAAGCUCUCUCUCUCUCUCAAGCUCUCUCUCUCAAGCUCUCUCAAGCUCUUUCACUCUCUCACUUGGAUCACUGCUGCGCUGCCGACUGAGGGGGACUGGCUGCCUUGAGAUGGCGGAAGUAGCCGAGUUGAACGGCCUGGCCGAUCCAGAUGACCUCAGGGCUCGCCCACGAAAGCCAAGCGCCAAGGCCAAACCGACCAAGAGCAAACCCGGUGCUGCACCCGCCGAUACGACUGCGCGCUUCCAACGCAAGAUUGGCCGCCUCGAAGCGGGCAUCCGUGAACUCGUUUGGGAAAACGCCACUUACUUUAAUGAACUCAAUCAGAUUCAACAGGUGUAUCACGAAAUUACUGAGCAGAACCGACAAAUCACGUUGCAGCUCAUGCUUCAUGAAGACAUUAUUUCGCCCUUUCUACCCACCAGCCGCCUUCGACAUGGCCAAGGAAAACGUCCAGGCUUCAACUCUGAUGCAGAUGAGGAGCUGCCCGAAGAGCUCAAGAAGCAACAGCGAGCCUUGUUCAAAGCUCAGUCACGUCUCGAUGCUUUGCAAAACCAGCGUCCCAGCACCGCACAGUCGCUCGAAUCGCAUCGACCACGCAUGAUCAAUACAGCCCAUGGCCGUGUUGAACUGGAUGAGCAUCACCCGGCGGGUGUGCUGACCACUGCUCAAAUCUCUCAGGUGAUUGCUUCGGUGGAUCAGCACAUUGCUGAGGAAAUCGACCCUUACAACCGAUCGGCGCAAGUGCGGGCGGACAUGGCUAAAGAGCGCCUCCUUAGCGACAUGCUGGCCUGCUUCCGUGCCUAUCGAGACUUUUGCGCGCGCACGGGCCAUGAGCCGCAGCCAUUGUCGCCGGUCCCUAACAUGGACGUGAAGCCACAACGACCUGCUGCGAAGAAGAAAGCCAAGCGUUCCUCGCGAACUAGCGCUUCUCCUCGACCACAAGAAAAGCGCGCCAAGGCACAUGCUUCAUCCCGCAAGAGCACUGGUGCUACUACUGACAACCUAUCCUUCUCUCCGUCUCGAGCUUUGGCUGUUCUGGAACCUGGGAAGCUGGAGCUGCUGAACAUUGGCCAGACGGAGCAGAAGAGCGCCAAGAAUGAAUAUGGCAUCCGCUUGUGUCCGGGUCUUGCCACACGCCGCCUUUUAAUGGGCACGGAUAACCAAGUGCAAGCCAUCACCCUGACCUUGCAUCCAGAUAAGGACGGUACCAUCUGGUACGUGGUCAAAUACAUCAAGUCAGAGUUUGAUGAGGUCACGCGGCGCUGCGACAGCUUGGCGGCGGCCUAUGCCUUUGUCGUGGAACAGUGCACGGACUUGAAUGUUCCCCCCAUUAGUAGCUUACCUCGCAAACAGGCGGCUGACUACUUUGGCCUAUCCCACCCACGCGUCAAAGCCCUACAGCGCAAGCACGCGCCCAGCAGCAGUGAAGAAGAGGAUGAGAAUGAAGAUGAGGAGGAGGAUGGGAGUGUCGAUGAUCGUGACGAUCAUGACAAUGAGGAUGAGGAUGACAAUGACGACGACGAUGAGGAUGAGGAUGAGGAUGACGACGACGACGACGACGACGACGAUCACGACGAUCACGCUGGUCACGGUGCACCUGACUCAAGAGCGCGAGUCGCUCCUCAGUCCGCUGGCUCGACCAGCGUGGGACUGCAUCGACGCAUGCUGGUUGACGAGAGCGAGGACGACGAAUCGGAAUCCGACGUAGAAGAGGCUGCCUCAAAUGGUGCCAAGCAUCAUCGGCAACCAGCUGAUAUCCUGACGCGUGAACAGGUCAGCAGCGAUGCUGAGUGGAGUGAGGCGGAGCCUGUCGACGAGCUGAAUGCAAGCGAGGCGUCUGAUUAA